AUGAGCAAUCCUAUAUUCCUUCCUGCUACGGAAUCGAUGCAAAACCUAUGCCAACAGCAACGGGAAAAAGAGGUACAGAGCGAGCGUGGUCCGCUGCGUGAAUACAAAGCCACCAUAACAGAUACCAAAAUUCUCUGUAAAUUCGAGAAUGAACAUGCGCACAAUAUUCGACGCCAAGCGCUGCAUAAAGGCAAAAUUAUCAGUAAAGCCCGAAAUUACGGACCUCGUGAACUUGACAAAGGCACGAUUGCGUCACCUGAGCGUACCAUCACCGUCUUUAUACCACUAGCGACACAAACUGCGGAUACGCAAAGGGUUCCUAAAGUCCUGUACCAACCCGACAAGGACAAAGCCGAGUUUAGGCAACCCCUACCUUGGGAUAUUGGGAACCAUAUUCAAAUCCCGGGAAAUAGUCGAAUUGUUGUAGAAGAAGGGCCAGUAGGCUUUGACAUGGUCCAAUAUGAUUGGGAGCCUGCUGAGGGCCAAGAGAGCAAGGAUGAAUAG